AUGACCAACGUCUCCUUAGUUACCAACUUCCUAUUGAUGGGAUUUUCUGAUAUCAGGAAGCCGCAGGUAGUUCAUGCCGCACUGUUCCUUCUGGCCUACCUGGUCUCCCUGACAGGGAAUCUACUUAUCAUAACCGUGACCAUCCUCGACCGGCACCUCCACACACCCCUGUACGUCUUCCUCAAGAAUCUGUCCUUCAUAGAUAUCUGUUACAUCUCUUCCACUGUCCCUAAAUCGAUCGCCAUCUCCCUGACCCCCAAACAGCUCAAUAUCUUACUUGUUCUGUGCCACACAGGUCUCUUACUGGUGGUUUGGCUGGCUGCUUCAGAGUUUUUCGUCCUCACAGCAAUGCCAUAUCACCGCUAUGCUGCCGUCUGCCGCCCCCUGCGCUAUGGAGGGGAGAUGUUUUUCAGAGAUUCCCCCAUCCCCAAGGAUAAAGCAGCCAAUGCUUUGCGGGGAACCUCUGGAGGAUCAACUCAGGUUCUUGUGGUCAUCAUCUACCGUUCCCAUGGCCCCACCUCCAACGUCUUUAACCAUUGUGACCCUUUUCUCACCUUCCUUCUCUCUCUUUCCAUGACCAUUCUGCUCCUCGGAGACUUCAACACCCACAUGAAUGUUCCCGGAACCCCAGGAGCUACAGAGCACCAGAGCCUCAGAAGUCCAGAACUCCAGGAGCUCCAGAACUCCAGCAGCCAGAAGGUCCUAGAGCCCCAGGAACCCCAAAGCAACAGGAGCCCCUGA